AUGUUCCAAUCCGCGUUAACUCGAGUGCUUGUCAAAAUGUUUCCGUCGACACGCGUGCUCGACACGUGGCGUAUCGUGCUUCUCCUGUUGGUCGGUUCGUCCGUGGCUUACGGCGGCGCGCCAUGCGAGCCGUCGUCCUUGCGAGGGUUCACCCAUUCCUCUCGUGCUGCACUGGGCGCGCAACGCCUCGCGCCUGCCGCUCCAACUCGCACGGCCCUCACCAAUUUUCCCCUUUUCCCCUUCCUCUCCCCCUUCCCCCAUCCCCCCUCACCUCUCCCCCCUCCCUCCUCCAGUCUCGUGCUGCACUGGGCGCGCAACGCCUCUCACCUGCAGCUCGCACUAGAAGCCAAACCCGCCAGUGGGGCCGAGUCCGGCUGGUUCUCCGUCGGCUGGACGGCAAACCGCGGCCGUAUGUACCCCGCGGAUUGCGUGAUCGGGAACCUUCCGGGAAGCAGCGUGGGCGCGUAUCGAAUCUCCGGGUACAGCCAGUCUGACGUGGCGCCUUCUGAUAGGUUCAAGAUCGGGAGGCCUGUGCUGUCAGGGGGAAGCAAUGGCGGGACAAUCAUAAGGUUCUCUCGUUUUCGAGGGGACGGUGGGACGGUACCAGUGAGCUUCACUGGCAGCAGCAACCUCAUCUGGGCUUUCUCUGAAUCUGGAUCGACAGACCUGGCCUUCCACGGCGACAACGCUUUCAACCUCCACUGGAAAACCGGGGCAGAUACAAUAGCAAUGGCUGCUGACGUGGCGACGUCUGGUUGGGUGGCGGUUGGAUGGUCCAGCAGCGGCAAGAUGUACCCCGCUGACGCAGCCAUUGGGAAUCUGCCACCUGGCACUCUCGCCAACGGGGCGGCGGUGGGCGCGUACCACCUCAGCGGGUACGGCGUCUCUGACGUGGCGCUGACGUCAUCGUUCGAGCUAACCAACACGACAGCCACAACAGCUAAUGGGAGAACAACAAUUACAGCCUUGUUUCCCAGUCCAUCAACCCACCUCUAUCCCUUCCCCCCACCUCUAUCCCUUCCCCCCACCUCUAUCCCUUCCCCCCACCUCUAUCCCUUCCCCCCACCUCUAUCCCUUCCCCCCACCUCUAUCCCUUCCCCCCACCUCUAUCCCUUCCCCCCACCUCUUUCCCUUCCCCCCACCUCUAUCCCUUCCCCCCACCUCUAUCCCUUCCCCCCACCUCUAUCCCUUCCCCCCACCUCUAUCCCUUCCCCCCACCCCUAUCCCUUCCCCCCACCUCUCAGGGGCGCCACCAGCGCGCUCUGGGCCUUCUUAGGGUCUAAACCCGAACACCCCUCCCCCUUCCCCCCUCUUAUCCAUCCUUUACCCCCCCCCUGCAGCUUCGAGCGACCCCUGUCAGUGGGUUCUGUCCCCAUCAGCAGCAGCGGCGCUACCGCCGUGCUCUGGGCCUUCUCUCGCUCCGACUCGCAGCAACUGGACGACCACGGGCCGAAUGAGUGA